AUGAAAGCCAAUGGUGGUUUUAACGCUUCUGGCAAAGACAGAAAACGGAAACUUUUAAAUGAACAUAGCGACGAGCAAGAUAGGUAAGUUUAAGCGCUAAUUCCGUUUUCCUCAAACUAUAAAUAACGUUAAGGUGUCACUUCAGUAAUUUAAGUUCACACUGCUUUCUCAAGCACGCAAUUAUAGUAUUCAUUAUUCAAGAAGCGUUUAAGGUCGUGCUAGACCAGUUUAAAUCCAGCAAGCACUUCCUAAAGUCCUUGGAACUUUUCAAUGGAACGGCAGCGCGCUAUCGAACUCCUGCUAUAUUUCCUGCGUACGUGUAUUUAUAGAUGUCCGCCCGAGAAUAUGAACUUUCCUGAAUAUGAGAACUUUCUGCUAGGGCUAGUCGUCAUUUCUGGCAGCUGACGAAGUUGUUCGUAUUUUAGUCGGGCAAACGUUGAAUGGUGGAAGUUUCUUUUGGCUGUCAAAUAUUUAAUACGCUCUGGUGAUUUGUUUUGUGUGAUUGAGUAGAAAUGCGCGAUCUCCUUACUUUUUUAGGUGUAGCGUGCAUUGUGAAGACGAACUUCACUAUGUAUAAUUUAUAGGCUAGGUAAACUAUUAUGCCCUUUGUUAAAGGGUGACUAACUUGUAUAUUGUAAUCUUUCGGUGAAAAGUGUUAGCGAAAAAGGUAAAGAAUUAGGUGUAAAAAAGCCAAUUUACUUGUGUCUGACUGUGGGUUUGUUUUACGACUGUUAUCUGUUGCACGCACGAUUUGUGUCUUGCUUUCGCGUAAAUGGGCAUAGAAAAUUAAUGAUAACACUAACUUCAUCAUUUCUGAAUUUUCAUUGAUCUUUCCUAGCUUUUUUGAAAGGUUCCAUAGGUAGUACGUGUGACCGCAUUUACACUAAUGUUUCCUCUAAGAAUUAACACCUCCCUGGCGGCAAAAUUUUGAUCAAUAUAGAUUUCAGCUGAAAUGUUUUUGUCCAUUUUUCCGUCUAGUUUUCGUGAUGUGCUUUUUAGGAUGUUCGGGUGUAAAUUGGACUCUUUUCUGUCUUCUUUGUAAAAUUAUUUUUCUUUUGAGGAUUUUAAUCGUUAUUCACUGCUACAAUGAAUAGGAUUAAUUUGGGGUUUGGGCGUUCGUUCAUCCCCUGUCCUGUCGUUUAUUUCAAGUAAUUUGGUUCAGUAGAGUACAUUUAGGUGAUUCUGUUAGGUUUCAGUUAAGUAGAAUAAUAUUAUUUUUUGGUCUUAAAACUUAUUUGGAUUGUGAGAUUCAUAGCAUGUACAAAUAGUCCUCAACAAAGUAGGUGUCAGAUUUAAAUUUUUCCAUUUAAACUGGGGAGGUGCAAAGCGUCUUAGUUUGAAAGAAUAACAAUGCUCAUUUAGCCCUUCUAAUGUCUCAAAGUUUGUAGUGCCUUGAAAGCCUCUGGGUGCAUUCAACCAGACGAAUAGAAAAGGUUGUUGACACAUAAAUAACUGAUGAGUGAUCAUUGCACUGUACAUUUAAGUAACCGAAUAAGAUGCUUGAUUCUGAAACAUGUAUGAUCAGUGUAGUGGAAAGCUUGUGUGUUUGAAAUUUGAGCUGUUCCUUGGUCAUGAUGUCUUCAAAUCUGGGAACAAUUCCCUGAUAAUCUUUCUAACUAUGUGGAUGUAUUAAGUUUCUAAUUAGAUUUAUGCAAAGCAAGAAUUCUUCUGACCAAAAAUACAGCUGUGCCAUGAAAAGAUCCUGGAGAAAAGUGUCAGGUCUUUAAAUGAUUUUUUCAGUUUUUUGCAUCCACUGCUUCCAUUAGUGACAUUCCUAUUAUAUGCAGGAUUUUCAACUUUAUCAGUAUUUCAUGUCUCCUCCCAUUUAGUGUUUAGACUAUUAAUGGAAUAAAAUCAUUAGACAGAGAACCAAACAAAUGGUCAGUAAGAAGAUACAAAAGAGAUUUAUAAUUUGUAUAAAAGGGUGAGGGAUUAGUUUUUAGGAAAAAGGGGUAUUGGUGCGGCAGAAAAGUGGAACAUGUGACUGAACCACAUGUCCUAUAGAAAUUAUGGAUUUUACAUUUGGGUCAGUAACCACAAUAGUUAUGUCACCAUUCUAAUGAAAGCUGUUCAUAUCUGUGGGAAUUAAUGCUCCUGUUAUUGAAAGUUGCCGGAAAUGAUUUGACUCAGUUUAGACUAACUUGAGGGAUAAGUUCACGUGUGUAACCAAGAGUAAGUUUGACAGUGAUCCAACUGUGGGAAAUUAAUGCAGCAAGCAGCACUAGUAAAACAUGAUUUGUAUUACCAACAGAAAACAACGGUAACACUUAAAAGGCAAAGGUCUGGUUGAAGAGAAAGAGAUGUUGGACAGACCUAUUGUAGAUCAGAAACGACCAGGGCUGUCUUUCCAAAAUGUGCAUAAUACCACGCCCUUGAUGAAACUGUCGGCUUUACUGAAGUUGCACAUAGAUUUCAGCUACCAUCCUUCUGACCAUUGGACUGCAAGCCCUCCUAAUUUCAUUUUAAUAAUUUGCAUGAAACCUGUUAUCUUGAUUAUGUCAUGAUAUUAUCAGGAGAAAUUUGCCCUUGGUCACUCUUGUGACUUAGGGGUUAAAUCUUCACAGUGAUCUGAUUUCUGCCUUCAAGCUGGUAUUACCCAAAAUACCUGUUUUUAUACAUGGCUAAUUAAAGUGAUCGCUCCUAAUGUGCCUGGAAAGUUCCUAUUAUUUAUGUUGUUUUGAUAAUAUCUAUUCUUUGCCCUGUUAGUCUGUGUGGUUUAUAUUUUGAUAACUUCAUGAACUUGUUGAUCUUGAUAUCUAUUGGCUGGCCUCCCAAUGGACAGGAGCAACUUGCAACACAGACUUGGAUUAUGGAUCAUUCAAUUACCUCUGUAGCCUUAUUUGCUUUGUCUAUAUUUUGACAACUUAUUGAAUGUGGAACAAUCUUGAUGGAUUUGCAUGUAACCCUUGCUUCAAAGGAGUGUAUCUGUUACCUGAUAUUGAUGUUUUACUCUCUUUUCCAGAAUAUUUUUAGUAAAUGACUUGUCUGUUUUUUGACAAUUUUGUAUGUGACCAUCUUAAUUAUUGUUUGCUUGGGUGAGGGAGCAAGUGCCCGUAUUUCUGUAACUUACAAGUUACAAUUAAGGGAAUAUUAAUUACCGGCUCCCAAACCGUACGUUUAGUUCAAUUCUUCUGCACUGUUAUUUUUGGAUUAGACAGGAGAGGUAAUUCAGAGCAUAUGACCAUAACAGAGUUUGAAAGGUGAUAGAUACUUCUUAGAUACUGUGUGUAAUAUAUCAAACAUGAGAGCAGUGCAGGGGAUUGUUUUUGACAAACUUCAAGGUGAUUGAUAUUUUGAUGAAAAAGUGUGUAAAAAGGUUUGAUAUUACUUUACUCAAACAAAGUGAUUUUAAAAGGAGAAAUUAAGGAUGCAAAUAAGGGUUUUUUUUUCACAAAACAUUAAUUUCCUCUGUAUUUUAUUAUUAAAAAUGAGUUUCAGAAAAAAAUAUCAAAUAGAUUAUUAUUUUUACUCUACUGUGAUUAAUUUUUAUUGAGGGUGGAAAGAAGUUUGUUUAUUGAAGCUGUGUAUUAAGCUAUUAUACCAGACUGUGAUUUUGGUACAAACUGCCUUAGGGUGAGUCAAAUUCCCUGUUUGAUCUUCGCACAUUUCCUUUACAAAUUAAUUGAGGGAAUAUUUGAUAAAAGAUUAAAGUAUUGUCUCUUUGGUGACCAUUUUAUUAGUAUUUUUGAUUGUCAUAACCAUUACCAUAUGAUGGUGAAUAUAUUAUUCGGAGAAAUUGUUGUUGGUUACUCUUGGAAAUGAUAGAAAUAACACUUGGAAAUUUUGGGCUGACAUUUUCGAGUCUGACAGUGUUACAAAUUUCCAAAAAGCAGUUAUAUAUGGUUCUCUUACACAAAGAAAAAUAGAAUUGUGCCUUUCUUGUGUUGUUCAAAUGCGAUCUAAACUUGUAGAUCAGUAAGGUAUUUUCAUAAUGUUCUAGUGUAGUGUACAGCCUUGGUUUUAUUUUUUUGUAUUUUCCCAAAAAAGAAGCAGGAGUCAACUUCCUCAUAGCCAGAGGAAAUCCCCAAUCCCUGGCUCUUAAUGACAACCCUAAUUAUAAUUAUAUAAAAACUUGGAAAAUUACAUGAUACUAGACCUUUUUAAAAUUUCUUUGAUUAACUUUUUACAGGACGAAACCGCCUCAGAGCGCAUCUCGCCGCCACAGAGAAAAGAUAAAUGCUACGUUGGAAGAACUUGGGGAUCUUCUCCCUCUUCCAGAAGAAGCUAGAUCAAAGUUAGAUAAGCUCACAGUUUUGAAGUUAUCUGUGAGCUUUUUCCAAACUCAAAAUUAUCUCCAGUCUGGUAAGUGUCACUGAGCUGUUAACAGUUCUGGUUUGAACAUUCCGCACUGUAUUUCCUUGAAUAAGAGCCAUCCCUUGCCUCCCUCAAAUAAUUGCCCCCCUUUCACCUAAAUAUUUAAAAUAAGCUCCUCCCUUGAAUAAUUGCCCCCACCCAUUUACCAUCUUCUCUUUCUUUUCCCUGUCAAGUUAAAAAUUGACAAAACAAGUUUUCAUUUAAUUGUUUACAACUGAUCGAAUAGCUACAAAAGCACAGGAACCAAAUUUGGAACACUUGAAUUAGCCCAUGUUCAUUUUAUUUGAUGUGAUUAUUUUUUUAUUUAAUGGGAUAAUUAAUCAAAAUAUUUAGGGCACGACUUCCAUUGGGCAAUAUUUAAAGUAAUUGCUUCCCUCGAAUAUUCGCCCCCUUUUGGUGAAAAAAAAAAUAUAUAUAUCAUCCCCAAUUAUUAUUCAAAGAAAUACAGUACUAUUGUCAGGGCAUCUGACAGGAUGCGGUGGUGCGGAUCUGCAUCUCCCACUAUUCGGAUCAUUUUCCCUAUAAAAUUGAAAACAUAAGCGCUUGAUAAGUGAAUGUGACUACUGCUGAAGAGCAAAAUGAAAAUGGUAGAAUGUUGUUACAUAUGCCAUAUCUUAAUAUGUGGAUAUUUGUACAGCCCCAUACAUUAAUUUAUUAUGCAUCGUUCAGCACAGUUGAAUGCUUUAAAAUACAUUGCAGCGUUUCUCAGUGAUUGCUGAUGCAUUUACAACGUGAAUGUGUGCAACUUUGUCAAACGAUGAAGAAUGAUUUUCCAACGUUGUUCAAUGCCCUUUUUUUGUGUGACGAUAGAAAUGAUCAUCACUCCAACGUGUCGUUUUUACAAUGCACUGAGCACCUCCCCUUUCUCUGCAAAACAUAAAUUAGACAUCAACUUCCUCAUCGAUCAAACGAGCGCCUAGUUCGGAUGGCCCGAAAUCAACAGCAUAGUUGUUUCAGCAUUUGGAAACAUUAUAAAUAAAGCCUUUAAAAGCAAUGUUGGAAAAAAAAAUACUUUGAACGAAAAAAAAAAGCAGCCUUGUAUUGGAUUAUAUAUUUUCACGGUUCAAUACUAUCAUGUUAUUUGCUAGUCCCAGUAAAAUAAAUGUCUGGCAGAAAACCGACAUGCUAUUCAGUUUUUUCUUGUUCGGUUGAAGAAGAUUUUCCUUAGACUUUUUAUCUUUCGUGACACUGCGUGUGUAAAGACUCACAAUACCUAAGAGAUGACUGCCAUGAACAUCAGAACCUUAAUCGCGCCUGGAAGUUGAUUAAUUGUAAUAACAGAAACAACAUUGAAAUAUAAUUUUUAAAGAACAAAAACUCGAAAAAUAUUCUGUUUCCUUUCCUUCUGUGUUGCGAAUUGCUUGUCAUUGCCCUAGUUGCUUUUAAAAUAUGAACAUCCUCGGUGAAGCCUGAUCCUAUGAACUACUUCGUUGCCUAGCACGUGACUGAAAGUCUACUACAAAAUUUCAUUACACAAUGUUUUCACAGGAGUUGAUUUGCAGCAGAGAAAUCUGUUAUACAAAUAUCGUGGUUUUGAAGAUGAGAAGUGAAGAUAUACUUCUUCAGCAAUGAUGUAUUUCACUGUGUUUUAAUUCAGUUACACAUCAACAUUUCUUUUAAACUUGAAUAUGCGUAACUUGUCUCACAAGCUAUCAAAACAGAGCAUGAGUUUCGUUUGUCGUUGAUGAUUAUCGACUAAUCUGAUGAUGACUAUGAUUAUCAUCGUCGCAACGAAUGAUUCAGAAAAUUGGUUAUCUUUGUAUGCUGACUGGCUCCAAAGUAUAUUCUAUUGUAACUUAGUUACUUUCAGAAAACCUUUUUGAUAGCAAUAGUGACUCCUGUGCAUGUGCAGUAGUCACAACAAUUGCCCAUCACAAGCGAUAAUUAUUGAGGACAUUGCCUGCUUUGUUGACUGUUUUCGUGCGGAAACUGGAACGCCUUUUCUUGUUUUCCUUGCUUACACGUAUAUAAAGCAUCACUUGUCCUUUAUAUCAUGGGUAAAUGCGUCAUAAAAGGAAAGAAUAUUAAGAAGGAUCCUCAUUUGACUGUUAACAUGACUACGAAGAUAAGAGUGAGCCAUGACCUGGAUACCAUGCAUUUUAAGGAAAUUACAAUCUGCACAAAUAUUGUACCAUAUGAAAGAACAACUUUAACUGUUUGCUGUUUUAAAAACUCCUCAUGCUGUUGUUUAACAUAUUACAGCUAGUUAAGCCUGUAUUGAAGUAUUUCACUUGUUAUUCAUAAGUGAGAGCCUCAACCAGUAUUGUAUAAACCAAGUAUCUUGAAUUGAAUCGAGACGUUCUGAAAAAAAGUGUGUUCUUGUGGAGACGGUGGCUGUUUGUGAAAUAAAAAUCGUUUCAGAGGAGACAAUUAACAUUCUACCGCAUUCUAGUGUUCUUUAUAAGCCACAUAAUUACAUAAAAUACCAUAAUUAUAAACAUUUUGAGAUGCCCAGUGAAUAUAACCACUUUUAUAAUAAAGAAUUGCAACUCUCUGCAUAAUAUGGCCUUAAACUGACGCAUAAUUUUCAAUUUUUUCCGCAUUCUGUCCAAUGCCCUGUAUUGUUAAAGGUAAAGUCCAUUCUCAGUUUAAUGCAGAAUUUUUUCAUUUCGGAAGAAUAAUUAGGGUUAGGAAACAAACUAAAUUCUGAAUUAAACUAGGGUAACUUAGGGAUGGACCAUUAGAAAACUUAUUGGGGGACCGGGCGAUGUACAAAAAAAAAUAUUUGUGCAAGGGGAAAUUAAAUGAAAAAAAAUUCAUGCAGUUACCCUAAAAAAUAUUGAUCAAUGGUCUAAAAAAAAUUCAUACAAGGAAAAUGAUAAAAAAAAUUCACAUGUUUGAAAAAUUCUCCACCACCCAUAACUUUUCUAAUGGUCUGUCCCUUUGAACAGAUUUUACCUAUAACACUGGUGUGUAAUUUCAUACUCUUAAGCUUGAGGCUUGAGUUUUCAUAGGCUUUAUAAAGAACAUAAGAACUAAGUAUUCUUUUAUCUGCUAUAGAAACUUUUAUUAAUUGAGUUAUUGAGGAAUGUUUUUGUUCUUCUUUUCAACAUUAUAAAUGAAUACAUUGGCUUCAUUGAUUUUUUGAAGUCCAUAAUUCAGCUGUUCAUGUAAAAAGAUAUGAAAUAUUAUAUACUACAGGUCAUAUAUAUAUAUAAAUAUAUAUUUAGUUUUCCCUGGUGCACACAGUGAUCAUAAAAUCAUUCAAUUGAUUUAUCAAUUAAUCAGUCAAGAAUACAUUAAAUCUAAAACGUUGGAGUAAAGAAUAUGUCCUUGAAAAAUGAUUAUUUACUUUCUGCAGCAACAAGGCUCUGGAUGGAGAUUAAGAGAUGAAAAAAAUCAAACAAAACAAACAAAAAAGUAGUCUUUUCUAGACAAAAAUACUCAUAGUUUUACAAAGUUGAAUAAUAGAACAGUCUACCAGUUAGUCAAAUUUGUCUUAAUGGAAAUGCAAUGAAACUUGGGCGGUUAUAUAAACACUGCUAUGAAUUUCAUAAUCCUUUUGAAGCUUGUAUUUACUCAGAUUUGUUGAAUUUUGCAGCUGUGUCAAUUAAGAGGAAGCUUCUUCUGCAAAAAGCAAACAAUUAUUUCAAAAUGCAAAGAAACGUUUUCUAUCUUAAUUGGUGCCAUCUGCAUAAGUUCUUUUAGUAGGAAUUUGGGAAGGGGUAUGGUCAGGACCUAAGUUACCAUAAUUUAGGCACACGCUUGUGUAGUUCUUCUGAGAUUUAAGCCUUAAUUUACCAGCCAUAAAAGCCAAAUAUAUCUGAAGUAAACAUUCAGCAUUUGAUAAGGGAAUCUCUACUGUACAACAAAAAGAGAGCUAUGAAAAGAAAUAAAAUUAUGCACCACUUAGAAUACUACAAAUUUUAUGUUUAGCAGCAAGGCUGUGCUCUUAGGAAAAUUGAAGGGAGCCCAGUGCUCUGAACCUCCAGGGUGCCCAGCAUAUGAUUUGUACGAAAAAUCUGAGAUUUUCUAGUCGCCCAAGAGCAAAAGUUUGGCGCCAGGGGCUACCGGGCUCUGCUAGAGCCCAGCCCUGAGCAGGAAGACAAGAUAUUAACUUGAUUCACCAUCAACAACCCAAGAUGUAGUAUUAACAGUCCAGACCUAGUCUUUGUAAAAGUAUAUCUAGUUAUUUUUUUUUCUGUGUGAAUAGGGAAGAGGAGGAAAAGACGUGUGGAUGAUGCUGCUGUGGCCCAGAUGACCAAGAAACUUGCAGCCUGUCACAUCAAUGUCAGUGAUAUUUCCCUAGAGGUAAGAAAUGUACUUUUUUAUAUAUAACUAACCUUCUUGCCUUUCCUUUACUUUUUGGGUGAAAAUAAAUUCACAGAGUUUGUAAUAGCGGGAGUCCAUUUCAGUCAAAUGUUUGCAAUUUAUUUUUGCGAGGGAUUUUGCUGCUGUCCGUAUUAUCAGGGUGUCCGUUAUAAUGGGGUGUCCGCAAGGCGAGAGUUGACUGUAUUUGUCAUUAGAAAGUAUUCUAGAAGGGUACUUUUUCUGUCAAAAAUGGGGUAUAAAAAAGUAAGGGGUUGGAACUUGGGUGGAGCCUCCCCGUAUAAAACUUCAGUGUGUACCCCCCUCCCCCCAGGUCCAAGUGUAGUGGGACAGUUCAUGAUGUAUUAGAUGAGGUAGAAAAUGCUUGUAACUAGUAAGAACCACUCCCUCGUCAACAUGUGUGUUGCAGAAGUCUGGUUUGUCUUGUUGAAAAAAGACUAGUGUGUUCAGCAUUUCUCAGUCCUUCUAGAUGGAAGUCCUUGACCUCACUUGUAUAAUUAUAUCCAACCGACUCGCCUCCCUUCAGUUGGGGUUCUUAACUCCAUUAGGUUCAUUAAGUGUAUCAAUUUCAGGAUUUGCUUGAUAUGCCAUGAAUAUUGCCAAGGGUAAUAAAGGAAACUUAUUUUUAACCCUGUAACAAUGGAUAACUGAAAAGAACUUGUGGCAAAUUCUUAUUGAUUUUAAAUUUUAGCCAGAACACAUUUUUUGAACAUUCUUGGUACAGCUUUUCUGAGAGCUACGUGAUGUUCAAGAAAUCAGUAUUCAUGUCACGUUCAUCAUUUCAAUUUGUUGGCCUGUAUCACAAAACCAUUGAAGUGAGGAAAUGUUUCAAAACAGUUUUAAGUUGUUUAGUGUAUCAACUGGCAUUACUCUUGGAGACAGUAUAAAUCAGCAGUUCCUAACAAAAGUGUUAAUUACCAUUUCCUGAAAAAAUUAGAUUUAAAUGGAGUUUAAGAAAGUUGCUGAUGGUCGGUUAAUUAACACAGAGAUAGGAGAUAAUCUUUCAGCCAUGAAGUAUGUCAAGCUGUUAAGUUGAAUUGUUCUGAUAAUUAAAUUAGUGAUUAUUUGCAUAUCAAAAAGCAGGACGGAAGGGUUCCAAAAUUGAAGUUUAGAGUCAAGUAAACAUUUAUCAAGAGGGAUUUAAUUGCUGAUUCAUCCAUCCAUAAAAGAUAGUUAUUGUUCUUCUUUGUUGUAGUGCUCAGGUUGCUUAGUAUCACAAGUAAUACUACUUCUAAGUUUCUGGGUGUUCACAUUUUAAGAAGGUUACCUAGGUCAAGAGCUAGAUACAAGUGGAUGACAUGUUUUAAAUACAAAUUCAUGAUAUACAGCAGUAACUAAUAAUGUCAUUUUGAAACGUUCAUUGGCAUUCUUAGUUAAUGUUCAGUGCCUGUGUUAAAGAGGAAUUGUGGUGGGUUUUUAUUGCCCCAAAUGUAGUGUUUACAUGUAGCUUUCAGGAGAGAUUGUAUUUCAAGCCAAUAUUUGUUUGGCUUAAUUAUCUCAGAUGUUUACUGUCAGCAUACCUGAAGAUCGGAAACAACUAGUGAAAUCGUUAUUUAAAGAACUUGUUUGUUUUGGGAGUGCUUGUAGAAAUAUGUGGCAGGGUUUAAGAUAAAAGGGGCAUUAAAAUGGGUGGUAACUUUGGUUAUUUUUGGCAAACAGAUAUCUCUACAUACAAAGCUGUAUUAAUUAAUCCUAACCCUUAGGGAAUUGCUACGUGCCUGUCAAUAUGAAUUGAAUGAGUUUGUUUUUGCAGGGUGCAAAGAAAGUCAGUUUUACAGCUUGCCAUUCGGGCAAGCUGUAGCUAGCAUGUACUAGCCCAAAAGUCAUUUCAAUUAGCCCGAAAAAAAUUUGAUGAGCAGGAUUGAUUACAGUUCUUCUGUUAUUUAAAUUUCUAAAAAAAUAUCACUUGCCCGUCGGGCAAGUUAAAAACAGAAUUCACUAGCCCGAUAGCAAAAUCCACUAGCCCCGGGCUAUCGGACACCACUUUCUUUGCACGCUGUUUUGAUUUCUCAUUUUGUUUUUAAUACCAAUAUUUCUUCAAUGAAUUCUAUACAAGUGAAAUAAAUUUAUUGAUUCUGGUAUUUAUCAUGUGUCUAGCAUUUAAGGGGGUUCUAUUUACAGUUUCAGUUCUAGUUUUGAUUUAAUAUUAUUUUUUUUAUUAUUGGUACAAAUUGCAGUUCAAAUUUACUGCCCAUAUUGUAGAAGUCAGAAAUGAAGCAUUUACAAACAAGCAAGUAUAUUUACAGCCUUCAAAAAUACAGAGAAAUAAUAAAAAUGCUACUCAGCUUUUGAAAGAAAAAAGGUUGUAUCAUAGAGUGAAAAAAAAUCGUAGUUGCGGUCAAUCAUGCAUGCUUUUCUUUUAUUUAGGGCUGUAUAAAACUAUGAUGUGGUAAAAGAUCACAUUGUCAUGGACAUUUUAGAAAUUUUAAUUUUUUAUAAAAAAAAGUGUCCUCUGAGAAUUUCAGAUGAUUGAUGUGGUUUUAUGUCACUUUUUCUUUACAAUUAAGAGUUCUCAUUAACAAAUAAAUGCUUUCUUUUUGUUAUUUCUACUGGAGAGUGGUGGUGAUGUAACAAAGUAAGAUAAAUUGCAUUUCUUUUGCAAGCAUUUCACAAAACAAAGGAAUCUGUUGGGUUCAAACAACCGUUCACAACCUUGUGAGUAACUCAAAUUUUGUGAUUAACAGGCCUUGGAUUCCUUUUUCUUGGUGCUCUCAGAUAGUGGGGAUGUUUUCUAUACAUCAGAGAAUGUCUUUAAGUACCUGGGAUACACACAGGUAAUUGAAUUUUGUAUUUUACUGCCUUCCAUCCAAGCAUAUUUCAUUGUCCAUCGGUGGAUUUUAUUAUUCUUUAAUGGUCAAAUCUAUCUAAUUGCUCGGGAAAUCAGAUAAUAUAUGUUGCUUGUAACCAAUCUGUGAGGGGCUCCAAAGGCUCUUUUGUUUUUCGACCAGUCAGACAACAGUCCAGAUUCUCGACCACAGGCAGAUGACGCGUAAGGUAAAUGUAUCAGGUGCCCUUUUCCCUCACCUCCAAAACAAAAAGGGAAGAAGGACAGGCUGAUCACAGUUUGUAUUAACCCUUUAGACCCUAAGAUCAACAUUUGAAUUCUCUUUUGUUGCCCCUCUUCAUUUCCUACAGAAGUAGUGGGGAGAAGUUGAUAAAAUAUCAAGCAAAUUCAUCUUGUGUGAUCAUGUCCGUACUUCUCAUGACCACUCUGUUUGACAAAUCAUUGAUAUUACAAGGAGAAAUUUGAUGCUGAUCACUCUUAGGGCUUAAAGGGUUAAAAGCAGGAGUGUUGUUUUAUUAUGUUUGAAGGAUAAAAUAUUUAUUGACCUGUAGUUUUUUUUUUUGUAGACAUUUUUGAUGCACCAAAACUUUCUCAACUUUGUGCAUCAUGAAGAUGUCAGAGGAUUUGAAAGGUGUCUUCACCGAGCUUCAAAAGCAGUAAGUCACUGAAUGUCUGUCAAAACUGUUGCAUCUGACACUGACUUUGUGUUAUAUUUAACUCAAGCCUUACAUGAUUAUGUUGGUUUCAAAUUUUACAAUUUAUUUGCCUAUGUUAUGUGAACAUGUGAACUGAAAAAAAUUAAUAGUAAGAGAGUAAGUCUCAAGAAGAUAACUCGACUGAUUUUUACUUGAAAAAUAAGUGAAAUCUUCCUUACCCGCUUUUUUUAGAGGAUUGUAGAGUUGGAAGGUGGCUAUGGUUUGGACUGUGAACAAUUUGAAGGUAACUGCUGUUUUCAGUAUUAAUUAUUCACUGAUAUCAAUACUGUUGUUUUUAUUAAAUAAUUCCUUCUUUUAAUAAGCAUCUUUUGCUUUAAUGUACUACAGUUCUGAGGAAUAGAAAUAUCACAAAUGAAAUCAGUAUUUGUAUGGACCCAUAUUCAUCAUGGAUGCUUUGCUCACCAGGGAGAAUUUCUCACAGAUGAAAAUUCUGAAAAGUUUGCAUGAUUGCCAAGACCAUUUAUAUCAGCUUGUGUUGUUGUGUUGAGUGGCUGAAAAUAUUUCUUUGGAACCUUGUGUGGGCAUAAAUUUAUGAUAUCAUUGUUGGUAGUCAAGGUUCUCUUUUUAAAAGCCGGCAACCUGCUAAAAAACCAGCUACUUUGGGGUCUGAGACGUCGACUUUUUAGGGAAAAUGGGUAUAAAGUGAGUGAGUGAAAGCUUAUUGCCUUCAACACGCGAUUGCCAAGCCGCCUACUUUUACAUCCUACCUGUCUACUUUAAAACGUAAUGAAAACCCUGGGAAGUGCGUAUUUACCACGUAGCAUGUAUGAUAGUGCUCCCCCAGGCAAGACAGAGACUCCUUCCACGAUCGUUUCAGGAGUCUAAUCAUUAAGUUUCCUUAAUAUAGCAAUAGAGUACUGACUUUAUUCUUUGUUAUGCAGAUCGACCAAUUCCCCAGGUUUGCUUUGCCAGUAUCAGGUGCCAUGCUGGAAGACAGUCCAGUCAUGUCAGUCCCUUCUACUACAGGGUAGGUUUUGUUACUUUAAUUAUUUCAGUAUCCAUUCAAGUUGGCUUAGGUUGUCUGGCGUGCAUAAGUAUCCACCUCUCAGAUUGUUUCAGUGGAAAGCUAGCUAGCUGUCAGUGGUCUACAAGCAGCAAUUAAGGCAUUUGUGUGUCUGUGAGUUGAAGAAGAGAGGAAAUACUCGCAGUUGUUUCUUUGAAAAAUUAUUCGAACCAGUUGAAUUGGAUUACUGAAAGGGUUUUUCUUUUGCUCUGGCCAAGACAUAUAAGAAACAACAAAUUCCAAACUCAGAGCAAAAGAGUUGAAAUAACAAUUCGGAUAAAAUAUGAGUUGAAUUAGAUUUACGCAGGCGAUUGCAGUUUUUCAGAAAAUUACUCAUUUCCCCUAGUUUACUUCUCGUGCUUUUUCCUUACUUCCCUUCUCUGCUUUGUUUUUUUUUUUUAUUCAUCACUCACAUGUAUGUAUGUUUGUAUUGGUGACUGGUAUCUACACCCCUGGCCUCAGUUGUUUAAAAGGUGAAUAACACGCUGCACCAGUUAAAUCCUUAUUCAGUGGAUGGGGCAAUUGGUUUUCCUAAUACUUAUCUGCUAAAAAGUGACGUAUGCAGCAGAUUGUUCUAUCCAUGGUUUGAACAACCAGGGCCUAGUAAUGUGUCUAUGAUGAUGAUGCUGACUGUGUCACUCAAUUUUAUUUUUGCUUUGCAGUCAUUUAAAUUUGCUGGAAAGCUCAAACCGUUGUUAAGUGGCAAAAUGAAACAGUAUGGUUUCUUUGCACUCUGCACUGCUGUCAACCCCGCCAAUCCAUUUACCAGCACUCCUAAGGAACUAUUACAGGUGUACAGCUGCAAGCUUGGUAUGGACCUGAGACUCAAAAAGCUAGACAACAGGUAACCACCAGCCACUAACUCUCUAAGCCUCUAAUAGCACGUGAAAGGAAAGUUAAGGAAAUCUCCCCUGCAAUGAAGGGUUCCUGCAGAGGUUAAAUGCUUACUUUCGAACGCCUGAAACUCUAGUGCUUUUGAAGUGUUUUAAACUACUUACAAAACAAUUUGUGAGUAACAAGUUUAUAUAUAUAUAUGUAAAUAUACUUUUUUCAAUACAAACAUUCAUGAAUUGCAUUUGCCUAUACUGAUGACAUACUUAGUAUUCGUGAAUAGUUAGGGCUAGGAGACAAAGGAAAUUGAGGAUCAACCUAGGUCAAAAAAAUUUACCUUGAAUUUAAUUUUGACUUGUAACAAAUAUAUGAAUUUCAUAUAUCAGAAUUGCAGAAUGAAGAAAUAAAUGCAAAGAAGAUCAUUGCAGUUAAACGCACAACUUAUGCAGAUGCAAAACGAAAGCCUGUAAAAAUCCAAGCUUGUCGAGAUUCGAAACCCAGACUUCUGUGAUACCGCAGGUCAUGCACAUUUGUUACGGAAAUAUAAUGUACUAGUUCUCACCAAUCAAGGCACAGACAUUUCUUUGAGCCUUUUCUAAAUGUUGUUUACUCCUUUGUGUUACCAGAGGGCAGAAGUGUUUGCACAUGAAUGAGAAGGACAACUUGAGUCGCACAGGCUAUUUUUUCGUGCAUCCUGAUGAUGUGCAAUGUAUGAUGCUUGGGCAUCAACGAGGUAAAUACUCUACUUGGUGACUGGUCACCUCACCACCAGUCAAAGUUGACUCGUUACCAACCAAAUCGCCACCAACAAAACAACUCUGAAAUAACUUACUAAUGUAAAGCUGAUAAAAAGUAAAUCGAGUUGACUUCUUGGUGGUGAAGUGACAGUAAAUCCUGGCACUCUUUUUUUUAAAAUUUUUUAUUAGAAUUUGUCUUGUAAGACUAUUGAGGCAGAAAUUUGCAUGUUUUCAAGAAUGUUUUGAGAACACCCCGUUAGACGUGUGUGCUAAGAUGUAAAUGUCAUACACUUUAUCUGAGACCAUUGACGAGAAUAUUUUCAAAAAAAAAUCGGAAGCCUGGGCUGGAAAACUAAUAAAUUUGUUAUAAAUUUGUUUUAGCCGCUUUUUCAUGGCACAUUUCCAACAUGCCUUAUCUUGAGUAAUCUGCCCUUUCACUAUAAUUUCUUGUAAACACUUAGCCUAGGGAAGAUCAUCUACAACAGUUUAGUAUGGUCUCUGAUUUUGUAGCACUAACCUCCUAGUACGCAUGGCUGGUACUCUUUAACAUUUCUGAAUCCCAUUGCUCAGACUGAUUACCGUCACUUUCGCAAUUUGGCCGAGGGAGGUUGUCUCUUGUUGCAAUUUCAUUUUACGCGCUGUCGCUACUUUUUGGGCCAUGUUGCUUGUCGGAAUUUACCCUGGCAGGGCCUCUAUUAUGGACAGUUUGCUUUGUCCCUGGGAAAAGAAAGCUCUCUCUCACAUUUUCUCUAAAUUCAACCCGUUUAAUACGGACACUUUCUGUGGCCCUCUAGGUGUUCAUAUUAAUGGGGUUUGACUGUAUUUUAGUUUUUUUCAAAGUUUUUAGUCAAGUGUGCUAGGUAGAUUUUUAUACUUAUAUUAGAAUGUAACUGUACCUAAAGGAAUUACUGCAUUUAAAUAAAGUUACCUUAUCUUACUUUGCAGUUUGCCAUUAUUCUAUGAAACUUUAAUCGGUCAUAUUUUACCUUCUUUGUGCCUUUUUUUUCUUCUAACCAGUUACUGCUGAGGGGCAUUGUGACACAGUAUUUCGACUCAUGAAUGGCCGUGGUGCUUGGCAGUGGGUCAGAGGAAAGGCUAGAAUCGUGUAUGACAAAAACGACAAGCCUGAAUUCCUUGCUACUGAUAAUGUCCUGUUAAAGUAAGUUGAGUUUGUUUACUUGGAGGUGCUACUUUUCCUGCCAGCUAUAUCGGUGUUGUCAUUGUUAAUUCAACUUUUGCCCAUGAUAUUUGAUAAUCCCUUGUUGAGUUCCUCCACCCUGACUCACUAAUCAGUGACAGUGGUUUGCCAAUCAUCGAAACAAAAUUGUGUUGUCUUUUCAGUGGUCUCAUAAUUAACAAAGAAAGAGAAUUUGAAAGCACAGAAAAAAUUCUGAACUCAGUGGUCCACAGUCAAAAAACUUCAAAACUUUGUAUUACAUGCACUGUGACUUGCACAAAGAUGAAUAAAAAUGAAUUCUUAUAAAGAGAUUUUUCCAUUAUAAUCAUAACUAUAACAAAAUUCUCACAUCUGAUUGACUGUCAACUGUCCUGAUUUCAGCACUAAUAGGACAGUGUAAUAGGGCAGUACGCAUCAUGCCUAAGUAAUAUACACCAGCACACAUGCACCUGAAUGGGUUCUUCUUUUUUCACUGCUAGCAAAAACUCUUGGGAUAUUUUUUUUGUUUUCAUUUUUAAUUAGCUUAAUUCAUGACAAAUUUUGUUAUAGUUAUGACUAAUUGGUAAAAGAACUUCGUGUCAUCUACUUUGGUCUUUAACCAUCCUCGUGAUUAAACAAAUCAGACUCCAGCUACAGGUCAUCCGAUUUUGUUAAUCAUAAGUAUUAUUGCACCGAGUUGGACUCCACUCAGUCCUGUUACCAUUAUUAAUCGAUUAUGGAUUGGAUGGGUCCAUCCUAUUAUUUCCGAUGAUCGAUUAUGAAAUCUCAGCUGUUUCCCAACCCUCGUGACAACAAUGAUCAUCACAAAGCAAGUCGACCAAUCACUACCAAUCUUUAGUGGAGGGGAGGGAGCGGGGGGCGGGGGGGGGAGACUCUCGUGUUUGUGCUGCUGUAAAGGGCGUUGUUUUCUAAGCUGUAUAGUCUUGGAUAGGGUAUGGAAAUCAAAGGUGACUGGUCUAGGUCCCUUGUCGAGGUUGCAAAGAAAGUCAGUUCUACAGCCUGCCAUUCGGGCAAGCUUUAGCUAGCAUGUACUAGCCCACAAGUCAUUUCAACUAACCCCAAAACCUUUUUUGAUUAGCAGGAUUGAUUACAAUCCUUCUGUAAUUUGAAUUUCCCCAAAGAACAGCACUUGCCCGUCGGGCAAGUGAAGAACAAAAAUCACUAGCCCGAUAGCAAAAUCCACUAACCCCGGGCUAUCAGACACGACUUUCUUUGUACGCUCCUCACCUAUCUCUCUGACUGUUACUUUUCAACAACAGCCACUCACUACUCUUGCUUCAAAAAUGGCCGAUUUGGAAAGGCUGGGCUGUACAGUAGUUAAUUGUAUUCAAUGCAAUGGAAUUUUUAAAUGCACUGACAGACCAUUCAUUUUUUUUAUUUAUUUUUCAGUGAUGAGCAAGGCCCCUUCUUUCAAUCAGUUGUACUUGAAAUCUUGCGUGAAUGGCAAUCUAAUCAAAAGGGCUUACCAUCACCAAAGAGCGAUGAGGAGAAAUCCAGCCAGACUAGCAGUCCAGAUUCUGCACUUCCGCCGUUAUUAGCCACAAAUGAUGGCACCAGUAUCACUACCCAAGGUUUGUUGCCUAAGAAAAGGAUUGACUCUCUGGGGUGGGGUACUCCCCCAAUGGACUAUAAAGGCAAUAGAAAUCGUUUUCCGUGUUUGCAUAGCCUGAUAUAAACACGUCUCGGGUUUGUAUAACUGUCGAGAAUUCUCCCAACCCGUCUAGUGUUUUUAUUAGGUUAUGCAAAUACAGGGAAGAUGUUUUCUAUUGCUUUUGUAAAUUAACUUUCCCAAGAAAAAACGCAAAACUCUUUGUCAUGGCACUGAUUAAAAGAGAAAUUCUUACCAGUCGCGAAGUCUUGUACACAAAGUCUUGCUCGCGUAAUCAGUUCUUGUUUUGCAAAAAAGAUGCUUUCCAAAAUACGGAUUUUUCUUUGGAUCUGACUCGAUGAUUUCCGUAGAGGUUACCGAAGCGUGAGCCAAUGUCCACAACAGUCCAACCAAAGCCAAACAGUACACUCAGCCAGAACGAUUUAAAUAAAAAAAAUAAUAAAGUGUCUUUAUUGUUCAAGAGAUAAAAUUACAUAUCUUAUGUUACAUUUAAAUAUAACAAUGUUAAUGGGCUAAAGUAUGUCUCUAAAUAAGAUUGGUAUAUACAUAGAAAGAAAUACAAAAAUCGAAUACAGAAAGUACACUAUUUACAAAGCUACAUUAUACUUGAAGACAAUUCUAUUAAAGAAUGUAUUCUUAAAGCGGUCCGUGUGAAUGGCGGGCAUUGCGGGAGAUUUAUUCCUUAAGUUGUAUCUUGUAAUAAUAGUCUCAGGGAAGUUAGCUUAAGAGGGUGGUUCGGGAUACUAGAAACCUUCGUACAAAUUCUAUGAUCUAGCAUGCCAGUAAGCUGUCGGGGACAGCGGUGGGGAACAAAACGAACCCCGGUUCCCUUCAGCCGACAGCUUGUUCGCGCGCUAGGACGAUCAUAUUUCACCUUCUUAUAGGAUUUUUUUUCUUUCUUUCCAAUCAUUUUUGAGUGAAGGGGUCGGCUUUACACAGGCUUCACCUGGGUUCAAACCAUUUGUAAUGUUUCAUCUAAACUGUCACAAAAUGUUUCUGCAGGCUUUGCUGGCUCUUCUGAGGAUGUGGCGUUGCGAGAGUCGAAAGACAUCGAGAUUAUUGAAUACAGCAGUCCACCCGUGUCCACAGCAGAGAAGAAAGAACUCUUGUCGCCGUCACUUGUUCACACACCAGGCACAUCAGAGUCGUGUAUGUUUAGCUCAGCGAAUCAGUCCAGAUCACCGGUGGAGGAGAAACCCAACAUUUUAUCCCGUGAAGGAAUGGUGUUCAACUCAAAACCAGAGCGCAGGAAUGGGAGUACACCUCAUGUCCACCCAAAAUCAAAGCACAGUGCACACGAUCAAAUCAAUCUUAUCAAACAAUUCUUAAUGGGCGUGAAUAGUCAGCCUCCUGCAAGGGCUUGUCACUUGGAAACCAUUACUCGGGUAGACGGUGGUGUGAUUCCAGAUAGCCCGCCCCCGCCCGCAUGGAGUGAUUAUCCUGGAGACCCCUCAUCGGUCCUUCCUGAGUUAAACUUCCAACAAAAUGAUGGUUUGUCGGCUCCAUACCCGCCCUUUCCACCGCAGAACGGAGUAAAUUCGUCUCUUUUCACCAGUGGAUAUGAUCACACACCCGGGAGGUUACCAGUCCAGCCAAAUGGCUCUUCGUGCGGCGGCGGCACUCAGCACAUGGACUCAACCAAUCUCAUAUACCCUUCUAUACCGAAUAUCAGAGACCCAACUGUCAACCCGUCCAUGUCAAACCCUUCUGUGAAUGGGGUAGACGAACUAGAUGCUUUUAAUCUUCAUGUAGACGCAGGUAUCGGAGACCUUCAUGAUAUACUACAAGACGGACCUGGCAACCUUUCACACUACUUGCAGCAAGAAGGCACUGUGUUUCAUUCUUUAAAGCAACGACUAAAUCACGGCCAAAACGGGUUACAUCAUCCCCAAAAUGAAGUUCUCUUCCCUCCCGUCAACCAGUCAUUUCCGGCAAGUUACCCUGCCUGUGAUUUUUUGUCCAAUUCGAGUGCCACAAGAACACCAAACCAAGACCCAAAAUUGUGGUUUGGAGCAUCCGGUACUGUUCCCCUAAACCACGGCCCGCCGCAAGUUCCUCAGGUCGUAGAGGCUUUCAAUGUGGAUGAUUUAACUCCAAGCUUGUUUGAGGAUCCCAACAUUCCAUUUGCAAAUCAGGGAAACGUACCUGUGUGUCAACCAUCUGAAUCCAUGUAUUCCUCCGAUGUCAGUCGUACUAACGGCAUGCAUAUGAGUCCCCGUAUGGCGCAAAAAUUCCAAACACCUCAAAACGUGCAACAGAGACAAAGUGAUAGUAGAAAUCAGAGUUUUAAUCCUGGUGGCAACAACAGCAUUCUGAAAAUGAUGUUGACAAUGUGAUUAGUAAGUCUGUGCAAAUAGGUGAGACAAGACAAUGGUUUCUCGAUAGUGUUUGCAUGCCUUGAUUACCAUAAUAGCUUGGAGGAUCCCAUGGUGUGGUGCAACUACACCAGUCCUUUACUUGUCUUAGACUGAGAUGGCUAUAUUGUAGUGGAAGAUGACUGACGGUGUUCGGUGUCAAAUGUUCUGCACUUUUCGUCAGUUGUCAGUACAACAAACGUAGUAAGGCUUGGUCGGAAAGAGUUAACAUCUAGACGUUUUACUUGCCAGUGUUCUGUUGGCGAAUUCAGUGAGCUCGGAGGAGGGAUUGCCAAGCAGUCACUUCAGCUGUCCAUCAGCAUUGAACCCUCAGUAGUCGUGGGUUCACAGCGUCAAGUUCGUCAGAUCCACAUCUCGCCUUGUACGAGGUGCUGGAAUGGAAGCGGAGUUUCCUGAGAUGAUGUCUCUUGCAAGGUUAAAUGGUUAAAAAACUUAGUUUGAAGUACAGUGUUGUCUCAAGCCUCAUUCACAACAAAACAAAACAUUCUAAUUAAACCAGGAUCCACGUAAGCGUUGACUUGUGCUUUCAUUAGUAAUAGUGCUUAAGCUUUGGUGAGAAUAAGGCAUAAAUAUUAUAAAAAAUAGUGUAUACAGAUAAGACAGAUGUGAAAAUAUGGACAGAGUUUUUUAGUGGACAACAUAUAAUUAUAACGUGCUUAAGUCAUGCUUCACUGUUUGUAAAGGUUAGUUAGCUUGGAGAAACUUUAGCGAUAUAGGUGGGGAAUUCUUCAACCUGUUCCCAGGGUCUUCUCUUCCUCACUCGAGGAAGGAAGAAAGAGGGCCCUGGGAACAAAGUCAUGAUGUUUGAAACCGAAACAAGCAACGGUACCUCGUUUUUAUUUUCUUGGUCGUCCGUAAUCCUUUUCUCCUCAAAGGUGCCACCCAUCUUAAAUCAAGGAAAAGUCUAAAUUUCACUUCAUAAAAUUGCACCAUUCAAAUUACACCACGUGAAAGUGUGCUGAGGAGGGAUUCAUGUGAGUAGUCAUACCAUAGAGUUUUGUCUUCAUCCGUGAAGGUUUCAUCCAUGUUGUUUGUCUCCGUAAUCUGAUGACUUUGGUGUAGAAAGGGUUAUGGCAGUUUUUGUCGUCUGCAUUAUUAAUGUUUCUGAAAACUAAAUCAAAGUAUCUUUCUGCAUACGUGUCUUUUAGAGAAGAAUAUCUAUUGGAUUCUCGUGAAGGGAGAAGGAAAUAUUAUCUGCGUGAUGCGAAUUUCUCAAGACGCUAGAAAAAGACGUUUUAAGUUUAGUUGUAGCUGAAAUGGUGCUGAUCGUGUCUCAAAUGUAAUCUAUCGUGUUCUUGACUAGAUCUUGAUUAUAAAUGCUUAUUGUAACUAAUAUAUCCCAUAUUAUAAUAAUUAUGUACAUAAAGUGGCUAAUAAAUUUUACAAGCAUCA